UCUUUUCUUUUUUUUUGUGCCCCACUAUUAUACACCAUGAGUGCCAUUUUCCGUCGCGCCUAUUCUACCAAGACCCUUAUUCCUCCUAACGUUGCUGCUGCCACCAGACUCUCUGGUUCUGCUAAGGACGGUCAAAUCAACGAAUUGGUCAACUUCUACAAGAGAUUGCCCAAGGGUACUGCUGAACUUCCCAAGCCCUCUGGUCCUUGGGGUCGUUACAAGGCUCGUUACAUUGAUGGUGACAAUGCUUCUGUUACUCCUUUGCUUCACCUUAUCUUUGGUGUCUUCACCAUUGGUUACACUAUCGACUACCACUUCCACUUGAAGCACCACAAGAACGUCGAACACCACUAAAUGCGAGGCAUAAAGUGAAAAAUAAAAUCAACUUUUUUGUAUGUAAACAACA